AUGGCCUCGCAAACCUCGGCAGAAUCUCCGUCCAGGAAGGUCCUUGCCGUUGGGACCCCGCCUAGGGUUCAGGAGAACGGCGAGUACAAAGAAAAUGAUGGAAGUCCUUCAAGAAAAGAAACCCCUACGAUUCCGAUCCCAGAUUCAGGGCGACGACUACAAGGCGCUCCAACUUCGCCGGCCAAAGUCAACGUGCAAAGAGAAAACUGGCCACCUCGACCUUCAUCCGCUACGGUUGAGAACGUGGGGUACGGUAAAGAUCGACAGUUCUCGCAGGACUCCGCACCACAAUACGAACCAGAAUCGUUUCAAUAUCGAAUGCCGGUCCCCCAGGAUAUGCCGUUUCGGCCAGGCUACAACAUAUCUGGGGCAGCGCCACCAGUGACAGGUAUACCUUCUGGGGCGAGCGCAAGUUUAAAGACACCUUCGGAUGAAUCGCUGAGGCGUGGAUACAAUGUGGAUGAGAAUGCAGACGAGGUUGAGAUCCAGCCUGUCCCGCGACUCCAGUACCAUCAUCAAUCGCACCGUUCCGAUGGAGGGAUCGAUAGGAAGCGCGGUAGUCCCAACAGACCCACGAGCGAACUGGUUGGUAUUGGGCAGUCAAUCAAUAGACAUCUGACUCCGGCAGCUCAAAUGGCGAGCCGUUCCUCCAACCAGCGACCCUUAUCUGUAUAUUCGGACAUGAGGAGAGGCAGUUCGCCAGCACUAUCAGGCUCUCCAAUGUACGGUGGGCGUGCUUCGUCGACAAACUCCGGGCGAUCGAGUGAUAGCAGACCUCUUUCCUAUAUCGAUUUGGCAAAUAUGUCGUAUCCACAGGCCGCUCCGGCGCCUAUUUCAUUGGACAACUCGCAACUGCGGUCCGUAGUGGGGUCGAACGCUUCGCUGCUCACUAUGGCAAAGACGCUGGAAAUGUAUAGACAAAAUGUGAAGAAGCUGAAUGAUUCCGCAACCCAGUAUGCCUUCGCCGUUUUUCUGAUACAGGCCGCCCAGGAAGCUGGGCUAAAUCAAGAGGGAGAUUCUCCACCGCGGAAACCACGUCCCAAGUCAGCAAACAGGGAUACUGACAGUCCGUAUGUAGAUAAACCCCUCGCUUCGCCCCAGGAACUUCUGAACGAGGCCAAGCACAUGUUACAAAAGCUCUCGGAUAGAAGCUACCCAUUUGCGCAAUACUACUUGGCCGAUGGGUAUGCGUCUGGCCUGUUCAACAAGGGGAAGGAGGACUAUGGGACAGCAUUUCCUCUAUUUGUGUCCGCCAGCAAGCACGGUCAUGCCGAGUCGGGCUAUCGAGCAGCCUUAUGUUACGAAUUUGGCUGGGGCUGCAGGAAAGACGCAGCAAAAGCCGUACAGUUCUACAGGCAAUCAGCUUCAAAGAGUCACCCCGGCGCUAUGACCCGCCUAGGUCGAGCAUGUCUUUUCGGUGAUCUAGGCUUGAAUAAAUACAGAGAGGGUCUAAAAUGGCUCAAACGAGCAACCGAAUCAGCAGAUUCCCAGUACAAUGCCGCCCCUUACCAUCUCGGCCUGCUGUACGAGACCGGCCACGGAGACGACAUCUUCCAAGACGAGAUCUACGCAGCCCAACUCUUCACACAAGCCGCGGACCUAGGUCACGCUGAAUCCUGCUACCGGCUCGGCAACGCGUACGAGCACGGCAAGCUAGGAUGCCCCCGAGAUCCAGCGCUGAGCGUGCACUUUUACACAGGUGCAGCGCAGAGGGGUCACCCGGCUGGCAUGAUGGCUCUUUGUGCGUGGUAUAUGGUCGGCGCGGAGCCCAUCCUUGAAAAAGACGAGUAUGAGGCGUACGAGUGGGCGCGUCAAGCUGCUGAUGCCGGUACUUUGCUUACCCCUUUCCUCACCCGUUUGAACCUCUCGCUAAUGUAUAACUUUGUAGGUCUCACCAAAGCCCAAUACGCCGUAGGCUACUUCACCGAGAUGGGCAUCGGUUGCCGCCGCGACCCUCUCGAGGCCAACGUCUGGUACGUCAAGGCCGCAGAUUCGGGUGACGAGCGCGCGAAGUUGAGGUUGGCUGCUAUCCGGGCGGCUGCUAGCGGAGGCAAGCCGAUGGAGGUGGCGCCGCCGCGGGACGGAAAGGCUAGAAAGGGGGCGAAGGGGGCCUUGAACGAAAAGGAGUGUGUGGUUAUGUAA